AUCAGUAAAAUGGACCCCAUCAGUUUAUAUCUAUAAAUAACGUCCCAAACCUCUCUCCCCUUAAAAUGCAACAACACUCAUCUUUACCAAAAUACAACAACUUUUGUUUUCUUAAUCGCUAAAAAGAUGUCGCUAGCGAUCGCGGAGGUUUACACGGUGAGGAAGUUUCACAGAGAGAGUCUGAAGAAACCGGCCAAAGCAACGGUUACCGGCGAGGGAGAUGAAAAGAUCAUCGGAGGUGGGCUCCGGGAGGUCAUGAAAACGCUGGUGAAACAGAAUGGAACUAGAAGAUUUGGACAGUGGUUUGUUGGGAAGCCAAACAAAAGCUCGGCUAAAGUUUCGGAUCCCACGACGAUUGAGUGAUAAAGAAGAAGAAACGUGUUCUCUUGUUUUCCUUUUAUUUAUCUUUCUUUCUUUCUUUCUUCAUUUUGUUUUA